UGUUGAGCUGCUAGUUGAUAUCGAUAUCGACACUGUUGAAGAACUGGUUGUAGAGCUAGUCAUGUCAGAUGUAGAGAAUGAUGUCGAAGGCGAGUGAACUUCAGUAGAAAAUGAUGUUGGCAAAGUAAAGGACUCGGUAGAAGAACUAGUAAUAUCUGAUGUUGUCGAUGAAGAAGUGGUAGAUUCAGUUGUAGAGCUGGUAGUAGAUUCGAUGGCAGAACUAGUAGAAUCUAAAGUCGUCGAUGAAGCAGUUGUAAAUUCAGUUGUAGAGCUGGUAUCGGCAGGAGUUGUAGUUGACUCAGUUGUAGAACUGGUGGUAAAAUCAGUUGUAGAACUGGGGGUAGCAGGAGUCGUCGAAGAUGCAGUGAAAGAUUCAGUAGUAGAGCUAGUAGUAGCAGGAGUUGUUGAAGCAAGUGUGGUGGAUUCACUUGUAGAGCUCGUUGCAGGAGUCGUCGAUGAAGCGGUAGUAGAAACACUUGUAGAGCUGGUAGUAGAAGGAGUCUUCGAUGAAGCAGUGCUAGACUCGGUUGUAGACGAUGUAGGUAAUGUUGUUGGAUUAGAUGGAGAUGUUCUGAUUGUAGGAAGAGUGAACCGACUUGUUGUUCGAGGAGUCACAGGCGUUGUUACUGAUGAUGAGGAAGUUGUUGAACUGCUAGUUGAUAUCGAUAUCGACACUGUUGAAGAACUGGUUGUAGAGCUAGUGGUCCCAGAUGUUGUAGGUAAUGAGGUCGAAAACUCGGUCGACGAAGAUGUUGAAGACGAAGUUGUUUCGGUAGAAAAUGAUGUCGGGAGUGUAAAGGACUCAGUCGAAGAAGUUAAAGAAUCUGAAGUCGUCGAUGAUGUGGUGGUAGUCUCUGUUGUAAGAACAGGAGUCGUCGGCAAAACAGUGGUAGACUCAGAUGUCGAGCUGGUUGCAGCGGGAUUCGUGGAGGAAGUGGUGGUAGACUCAGUUAUAGAGUUGGUGGUUAGAGGAGUCGUCGAUGAAGCGAUGGUAGAUUCAGUUGUAGAGCUGGUGGUUACAGGAGUCGUCGAUGAAGCAGUGGUCGACUCAGUUGUAGAGCUGGUAAUAGCAGGACUCGUCGAUGAAGCGGUGGUAGACUCCGUUGUAGAGCUGGUAAUAGCAGGACUCGUCGAUGAAGCGGUGGUAGACUCAGUUGUAGAGCUGGUGGUUACAGGAGUUGUUGGUGAAGUAGGAGCCGUCGGAGAGGUACGAGUCGUUGGAGAAGAAGGAGUCGUUGGCGAUGUAGGAGUCAUUGGUGAGGUAGGAGUCAUCAUUGAAGUAAAAGUCGUCGAUGAAGCGAUGGUAGACUCAGUUGUAGAGCUGGUGGUUGCAGGAGUCGUCGAUGAAGCUGUAGUAGACUCAGUUGUAGAGCUGGUGGUAGACUCAGUUGUAGAGCUGGUGGUUGCAGGAGUCGUCGAUGAAGCUGUAGUAGAUUCCGUUGUAGAGCUGGUUAUAGCAGGACUCGUCGAUGAAGCGGUAGUAGACUCAGUUGUAGAGCUGGUGGUAGACUCAGUUAUAGAGCUGGUGGUUACAGGAGUCGUCGAUGAAGCAUUGGUAGACUCAGUUGUAGAGCUGGUGGUUACAGGAGUCGUCGAUGAAGCGGUGGUAGACUCAGUUGUAGAGCUGGUGGUUACAGGAGUUGUUGGUGAAGUAGGAGCCGUCGGAGAGGUACGAGUCGUUGGAGAAGAAGGAGUCGUUGGCGAUGUAGGAGUAAUAGGUGAGGUAGGAGUCAUGAUUGAAGUAAAAGUCGUCGAUGAAGCGGUGUUAGACUCAGUUGUAGAGCUGGUGGUUGCAGGAGUCGUCGAUGAAUCGAUGGUAGAUUCAGUUGUAGAGCUGAUGGUUACAGGAGUCGUCGAUGAAGCGGUGGUAGACUCAGUUGUAGAGCUGGUAAUAGCAGGAGUCGUCGAUGAAGCGGUGGUAGACUCAGUUGUAGAGCUGGUGGUUACAGGAGUCGUCGAUGAAGCAUUGGUAGACUCAGUUGUAGAGCUGGUGGUUACAGGAGUCGUCGAUGAAGCGGUGGUAGACUCAGUUGUAGAGCUGGUGGUUACAGGAGUCGUCGAGAAAGCGGUAGUAGACUCAAUUGUAGAGCUGGUGGUUAUAGGAGUCGUCGAUGAAACAGUGGUAGACUCAGUUGUAGAGCUGGUUAUAGCAGGACUCAUCGAUGAAGCAGUGGUAGACUCAGUUGUAGAGCUGGUGGUUACAGGAGUUGUUGGUGAAGUAGGAGCCGUCGGAGAGGUACGAGUCGUUGGAGAAGAAGGAGUCGUUGGCGAUAUAGGAGUCAUUGGUGAGGUAGGAGUCAUGAUUGAAGUAAAAGUCGUCGAUGAAGCGGUGUUAGACUCAGUUGUAGAGCUGGUGGUUACAGGAGUCGUCGAUGGAGCAGUGGUAGACUCAAUUGUAGAGCUGGUGGUUACAGGAGUCGUCGAUGAAGCAGUGGUAGACUCAGUUGUAGAGCUGGUUAUAGCAGGACUCAUCGAUGAAGCAGUGGUAGACUCAGUUGUAGAGCUGGUGGUUACAGGAGUUGUUGGUGAAGUAGGAGCCGUCGGAGAGGUACGAGUCGUUGGAGAAGAAGGAGUCGUUGGCGAUAUAGGAGUCAUUGGUGAGGUAGGAGUCAUGAUUGAAGUAAAAGUCGUCGAUGAAGCAUUGGUAGACUCAGUUGUAGAGCUGGUGGUUACAGGAGUCGUCGAUGAAGCGGUGGUAGACUCAGUUGUAGAGCUGGUGGUUACAGGAGUUGUUGGUGAAGUAGGAGCCGUCGGAGAGGUACGAGUCGUUGGAGAAGAAGGAGUCGUUGGCGAUGUAGGAGUAAUAGGUGAGGUAGGAGUCAUGAUUGAAGUAAAAGUCGUCGAUGAAGCGGUGUUAGACUCAGUUGUAGAGCUGGUGGUUGCAGGAGUCGUCGAUGAAGCGAUGGUAGAUUCAGUUGUAGAGCUGAUGGUUACAGGAGUCGUCGAUGAAGCAGUGGUAGACUCAGUUGUAGAGCUGGUGGUUACAGGAGUCGUCGAUGGAGCAGUGGUAGACUCAGUUGUAGAGCUGGUUAUAGCAGGACUCAUCGAUGAAGCAGUGGUAGACUCAGUUGUAGAGCUGGUGGUUACAGGAGUUGUUGGUGAAGUAGGAGCCGUCGGAGAGGUACGAGUCGUUGGAGAAGAAGGAGUUGUUGGCGAUGUAGGAAUCAUUGGUGAGGUAGGAGUCAUGAUUGAAGUAAAAGUCGUCGAUGAAGCAGUGGUAGACUCAGUUGUAGAGCUGGUGGUUACAGGAGUCGUCGAGAAAGCGGUAGUAGACUCAAUUGUAGAGCUGGUGGUUACAGGAGUCGUCGAUGAAACAGUGGUAAACUCAGUUGUAGAGCUGGUUAUAGCAGGACUCAUCGAUGAAGCAGUGGUAGACUCAGUUGUAGAGCUGGUGGUUACAGGAGUCGUCGAUGGAGCAGUGGUAGACUCAGUUGUAGAGCUGGUUAUAGCAGGACUCAUCGAUGAAGCAGUGGUAGACUCAGUUGUAGAGCUGGUGGUUACAGGAGUUGUUGGUGAAGUAGGAGCCGUCGGAGAGGUACGAGUCGUUGGAGAAGAAGGAGUUGUUGGCGAUGUAGGAAUCAUUGGAGAGGUAGGAGUCAUGAUUGAAGUAAAAGUCGUCGAUGAAGCAGUGGUAGACUCAGUUGUAGAGCUGGUGGUUACAGGAGUCGUCGAGAAAGCGGUAGUAGACUCAAUUGUAGAGCUGGUGGUUACAGGAGUCGUCGAUGAAACAGUGGUAAACUCAGUUGUAGAGCUGGUUAUAGCAGGACUCAUCGAUGAAGCAGUGGUCGACUCAGUUGUAGAGCUGGUGGUUACAGGAGUUGUCGAUGAAGCGGUGGUAGACUCCGUUGUAGAGCUGGUAAUAGCAGGACUCGUCGAUGAAGCGGUGGUAGACUCAGUUGUAGAGCUGGUGGUUACAGGAGUUGUUGGAGAAGUAGGAGCCGUCGGAGAGGUACGAGUCGUUGGAGAAGAAGGAGUCGUUGGUGAUGUAGGAAUCAUUGGUGAGGUAGGAGUCAUCAUUGAAGUAAAAGUCGUCGAUGAAGCGGUGGUAGAUUCAGUUGUAGAGCUGGUGGUCACAGGAGUCGUCGAUGAAGCAGUGGUAGACUCCGUUGUAGAGCUGGUAAUAGCUGGACUCGUCGAUGAAGCGGUAGUAGACUCAGUUGUAGAGCUGGUGGUUACAGGAGUUGUUGGUGAAGUAGGAGCCGUCGGAGAGGUACGAGUCGUUGGAGAAGAAGGAGUCGUUGGCGAUGUAGGAGUCAUAGGUGAGGUAGGAGUCAUGAUUGAAGUAAAAGUCGUCGAUGAAGCGGUGUUAGACUCAGUUGUAGAGCUGGUGGUUAUAGGAGUCGUCGAUGAAGCGAUGGUAGAUUCAGUUGUAGAGCUGGUGGUUACAGGAGUCGUCGAUGAAGCGGUGGUAGACUCCGUUGUAGAGCUGGUGGUUACAGGAGUCGUCGAUGAAGCAGUGGUAGACUCCGUUGUAGAGCUGGUGGUUACAGGAGUCGUCGAUGAAGCGGUGGUAGACUCAGUUGUAGAGCUGGUGGUUACAGGAGUCGUCGAUGAAGCAGUGGUACAAUCAAUUGUAGAGCUGGUUGUAGGAGGAGUCGUGGAUAAUAAUGUAGUUAAAGUGCUGCUAGACGCGGUACUCGAAGAGGAUGAACUAGAAGCAUUCGUCGUUGUCGUUGAUGUGAUUGAGUUUGUAGACAUCAUAGUUGUGCUCGUUGAGGAAAACGUUGUCGUCGGCAUGGUUACCGUUGUUAAGGGAGGCAAGCAUUUAAUUACAACUUCCACAUUGCUUCCUAUGAUAAAGGCUCGUUUAAGAUCCUUCACUUCGAUGGUCACGUACAAAUGGCCAAUGCCACCACGCACAACCCGUACAGCCAGCUCAGUAUUGUAUCGAUGUGGUGGCGCUUCCACACGUAUAUACUGUAUAAGGUGUGGAAGAGGCUGAAAUUAACAUAAGGACCGAAAACAGUGAUUUUUUGUUCAAUUCACUUUCACACAACCUAGGUGUAUACCAAACUAUCACUCACAUUAUCGAACGUAAACACGAGCGGGUUGCGCAAACCUUUCAGAAUGCGUUUUUUGUAACAAAUUUCCAACUGCACAUCGGGCGUCCCGAACGUCACCACAUUAGCAGAAGCACAAACACAAUACACGGACAGCAGAAGAGCUGUAGAGCAAAGAUGCAAUUGCAUGAUGAUCACACUCGCCUUGACCGUAACCGACUGACGGGCAAACGACCUCGAGCACGAUUAUAUCAGCGGUUCCGAAAUACAGCGAAAUUUUAGAACCCGAAACCGGUUUCGUACGAAAGUUGCAUCUGCAACGGGAAUUGCAUUCCAGGCCGGAAGGAAAGUAAGCCGAGCCUUUAUUUUUGGACCUUUUUGCAACUGAUCCCGCUAUGCAACCGGUGGGGAAAGGAUGUCAAUGAAACCGGUUUUUUUGAAUUUUUGGUCACCAAACCGGUUGCCACGGGUGCCGAAAACGGCCUUUUACUUUUUAGGAUAAGGCUGGAAGAGUUCAAGGUUUACGAUUUGUUUAUGAUAAGCAGCAGGUUAAUGCACUUUCUGAAGGGGAGAGUUGAAAACAAAAAAAAUGAAAUGAAUGGGGAGGAUGAAAUGUAUUUGAAGUACGGAAAUUUAGGUGAACGAUAACUAAUCGUUUUUUUCAUGGUUUUUAUUUACUUUCAGCUGGCGUGCUGAUCAA